UAUAUAUUCAUGAGUUACGUAAUAGUGCAAACAUGGAUCCCCCCGAUAAAAAUGAAAAAGAAAUCAGGAUGAACAGAAAGAAUCUUCUGCCAGGGUCAGGUGCAUUUAUAAUGCUGUAAGGAUGCAGAAAGUAGUUCUAAUAACUGGAGCCAAUUCGGGUGUUGGCUAUAGUGUUGCUGACCGUUUACUGGAAAUUGAACCUACUUUGACAAUAUGUCUAGCUUGCCGAAAUGUUAUGAGGGCAGAGGUCGCUAGGAGGGAGCUGCUAGCAAAACAUGGACAGAGUACAAUUGAUAUCCAGUCGGUGGACACUAGCGAGCUAAAGUCAGUGUAUAAAGCUGCAGAAGAAAUCAAACAAAGAUAUGAGUGUCUGGAUUAUCUAUACCUAAAUGCAGGUAUUAUGCCAGUCUCAACCUUUAAUUGGAAAGUAUUUAUCAAAGGACUUUUCUCUGUGUCCAGAGUGAUUGAGAUGUUGACCACAGGUGAGGGGUUACUUUACCUGAAAGACCACAGCACAGAAGAUGGCCUCAAAGCCAUAUUUACCACCAACAUUUUUGGACACUUUGUUCUUGUUCAGGCCUUGGAGGAUCUGUUAGUGAAAUCUAAAACUCACAUAAUUUGGACUUCAUCGAGCAAUGCACGCAGGUCAAAUUUCAACAUUGAUGAUGUUCAGCAUGAAAAAGGGUCUGAACCAUAUAGUUCAUCCAAGUAUGCGAUAGAUCUGCUCAGCCUAGCAAUCAAUGAGAAGUUGAACGACAAAGGUGUCUAUAGCCACAUUACCUGUCCCGGUCUAUCCAUGACAAACAUCACAAACUCCAUCCUACCAAAAUGGCUAUGGCGGGCAAUUACACCAGUUAUGUGCUCAAUGAGGUUGUUUGUACCUAGGAUAACAUUGAGUCCAUAUAACAGUGCGGAAGCUUUAGUUUGGUUGUUUCAACAAGACCCAGCAACUGUCUCUCAGGAUAGGAAGUACAUUAGCCACUGUAAUGUCCUUGGCAAACGAUACACACACUCAGAGACAAUUGAUUAUGACCCAGAUGAUGCAAAUGAGCUGUAUGAAAAGCUAGCUGGAUUGGAAAGAAUAUUUAGAAGCAGGUAUACAGGUCAUGGGGAUGCCUGUUAAUUAUUAAGACACAUCCACAUAUGUUGAGCCAAACAUGCACAGCACCAAUGGUCAUUGAAUACAACACGACAAGGCAUAUGCGCAAAUGAUCAUUUUUAAUAGCAAUCUACUCGGCUUGCCAUAAAAAAUUAGCACAUGGCAUCACAUCAUCAAGAGCUCGUCUGAUAGCGGAGAUGGAUUUGUCAGCCGACACCAUAUGACUGUUGUACGAGUCACUGUGUGUCCCAGCCUUAUGAUUACUCGUGGUGUUUUAUUGUAUAUUGGAGUUCUAAAAUCUAAAAUUGGAGUUCUAAAAUCUAAUUUUUAUAUAUGUUAUAUAGGUUUAUAAAUAUAAUACGAAAUUGCUAGUUUAACUGAAUUUAGACAUUCCUAAACAUGAAAAAGUGUAAAAUAAGACUGAAAUUUUUUUUUUUGUG